AUGUGUACCAUUCGCGAUGUUCUUACCACUCUGCGGAGACGCCGCUUCCGCCCCCUGCACGAUGCGCAGUAUGAACUUUUCAGUAAACCUUUUCAGUACAAGACCCUUCUUGAUCAAGGAAUCCCCACUACCUCCAAUGGGGGAACACAACUCCUUCGCAUGAUCGGCGAUGACUUCUUCAAUCAUAUGCUGAACACUGACCAGGUGUCCCAUAUCCCAGAUCCGUUCGACGACGGACGGAAAUUCCGGCGUGGACCAUGCCUGCUCCGCCCAUUCCCGGAAGUGGCUCUUUGCACUCUGUUGAAGCGGUUCGAGGUCGUAUUUAUGGGCCAGAGUGUAGAUAUCGAGGUCCAGCCAUGGGCCGGUCACUGGCGAUUUUAG